AUGAGGCUAGCCUCUCUGGAUGGCAUAUUGGCUGAGCCCAGCUGUGACGUCAUUACCAAGGCUCAGAAAGUUCCGGAGGAGGGCGAGCGGAGCUGGGCGCUGAGCCAGGCAUGUGGGUAUUACCGCCGGCGGUGCCCGCCGGGUGAAAAGGAGAGGGAGGCUUGUGUGAGGAUCAUGGGUGAGAGCUGCAGUGCCCGCGUGCUCCAGUGUAGCCUCCUGAACACCAUGCAGAACCUGGAGCCUGCCACACAGACACGCACACAGGCAGCAGUGUGUGGCCAGAGGCUGUCGGCGGUGCAGAACGUGACUCAGCCCCGCUCCCGUAUUGUGGGGGGUUCCCCGGCCCUCCCUGGCAGCUGGCCCUGGCUGGUCAACCUGCAGCUGGACGGAGGGCUGAUGUGUGGAGGGGUGCUGGUGGACAGCACCUGGGUGGUGACCGCCGCUCACUGCUUCGCUGGCAGCCGCAGUGAUAGCUACUGGACGGCUGUGGUGGGAGAGUUUGAUAUCACCAAGACCGACCCUGACGAGCAGGUGCUCAAGGUCAACCGCAUCAUCUCCCAUCCCAAGUUCAACCCCAAGACGUUUAACAACGACAUAGCGCUGGUGGAGCUGACCUCUCCGGUGGUCCUGUCGGACCGCGUGACCCCUGUGUGUCUGCCAUCAGGUCUGGAACCGCCUACUGGCAGCCCCUGUCUGGUGGCUGGCUGGGGCUCCCUCUACGAAGAUGGGCCUUCAGCUGACGUGGUGAUGGAGGCUAAGGUUCCUCUGCUGCCCCAAAGCACCUGCAAGAGCUCCCUGGGCAAGGAGCUGGUCACCAACACCAUGCUGUGUGCCGGGUACCUCUCUGGAGGCAUCGACUCCUGCCAGGGGGACUCUGGAGGCCCUCUGAUCUACCAGGACCGUAUAUCAGGUCGCUUCCAGCUGCAUGGCAUCACGUCCUGGGGAGACGGCUGUGGGGAAAAGGGCAAACCUGGGGUCUACACACGGGUCAGCGCCUUCUCCGAUUGGAUACUCGCUGAGAUACAGAGUAACUCAUUUUUUGAAGCCACUAUUAUUUGCCAUGCAUUUACAUUAUUGGUUCUAAAGCUUUUGAAGUGA